AUGUCAGAUAAUUGUCGAGAUAUUCAUGGUAGGCCACAAUUGACCAGUCGUUUCAUCUUGAGACCUUGUGAGUACGGCAACGAAAUUACGGUAAUCUUGUGGGAUUUAGUACUACAUAUAAUAGUAGUAGAAGGGUUGUUCGUUCUUGAGAAGGCAAAGACUGACUUCUUAUGUCAGCACUCUUUAUUUUGUAGCCCAUUUUUAAGCUUUCCGUACUCCAAAACUUUUGUAAAAAAACAUAUUUUUUUGAUGCAGUUUUCCCAAUCAAACGAAUUUUUAUAUUCCCAACUUCGGUAACAUAUCAAGAACUGAUAUCACAACCUUCGAUCAGACAGGGCGAAUCAAUCAUUCCGGGUUACAAGUUUAUAUCUUCUGCUGACCAUUUGCGUCAUUCCUCCUUUUCCCCCAUCUUCCAAACAUUUAACCUUUUUUUGUAAUUUCCUUAACCUAAAAUUGCUCUUUGCGUCAAGUCAAGUCUAAUUGUAAGUACAGUAACCUUUCGAAUUUGUUGAUGAAUUUUUGUGAUUUUUUUUAUGUAGAUAAUGGGCUAAUAUAGAAUUUUUUGGUCAACAUAUAACCCAAGAGCUUAAUGAGGGUAUUUUAUGAUUUUUAGACAAGCGUAGUAAUCAAAUUGACAAUUGUGACUCUAAAAGCUUUUCAAUAAGCACCAAAAAUACCUGUUUUUGUCAAAAAUUCCGUCUAAAUUAACUUUUUUAAUUUAUUUUUAGUAUUUUAAACCUAUAAACAUAUAUUUUUGAUCCCAUUCAGCUUAUUGAUGCUUCUUGUUGAAUAAGCUUUAAUUUUCGGUGUCCUCCCUCUCAGAAGUCGCCGUACAAUGCUCAUAAAUAGUCACGUAAUUUUGUUUCCCGACAAAAUUACGUGAUGGAACCAAAAAGAAUCACUAUAAGCCACAAAUUUCUUCUCUACAACGAAUUUAUCAAAUGGUAACAAUAGCGGGAACACUGCUAUUUGGGAAAUAUACGUUCUUUAAAGAGUAGUUUCUUGUCACCACACUCUAAUCUUUAGGUUCAAAUCGUCAUUGGUUUCUCUGCUUUUGGAGUGGUUUACUGGUCAAACUUGGUUUCCCAAAAGGUGGGAAUGUAGCUUUGUCUACGUGAAUUUGAACGCAAUAACGGGGUUCUUUGACAAAGAGACCGGUCUCGCCCAGUGGUCGACUAAUUGGUCACUUUUCGUAGGGUAAACAUCUUGUUUACUUGCUAUUUUUCGAAUUAAAAGGUUAACAUAGAUUUUAGAGGAAAUGAUGACAUUGUUUGCUGAAUUUUACGUCAUUGGUCAACUUCUGAUUUCUUCAAUUUAUAAACGAUAUUGUAGUUUUCUGUAUCGAAAAAUCUUUUGUAAAUUUGCGCACAGUAAAGCGUGUAUACAGUGGAAAAAUUUAAUGGUAUCAAGCCCUAAUUUUGGGUCAUAAACGCAUUUUAUUUUAUCACCUUUCUUGCAUUUUUCUGGUACAUCACCUUGCUGAAUUUUUAUGUUCAAUCUUACCUUGCAAUCUGACUAAAGAGCGCACUCUCUUAAAGGGCCUCACCAACUACAUUUGAAUCGCAUUUUUACGGCUUGGAGGUGCGCCUCGCCAAAAGUUGCGAAAAUCCCGCGAAAAAAAUUAAUACAAAAAAUAAUUGAGAAUUUUUUCUUGUUCGAGCUCGAACAAGAAGAAUUGAAGUUUGUUCAUGUUCCAAAGCUGGGAACAAGGCUGUUUGGUCGUGCGGAUCCUCCCAACAUCCAUUCCGAUGCUCUUGGGGAAAGGCUGAUGUAAGUUUUUUUUGAUUUUGGCUUGGUUCUUCACAUUUAGGUAGGAUUAAACGAACUUGUGCAAUAUUUCUCCUGUUCUUUCGAAAAAAGCACGAGCGCAAUGUUGAGGAGCAGGUAUUAGACUCAAGGUUUCUCUGAAGUCCAUUUCUUGCCUUUUUCGAGCUGUUUUUAUCCAUUUAGAGGUAUUUUAUAUUGUUUUAGUUGGUCUUUUAAUUUCAGAAUUGUUCAAACGUCCGCAACGACCCAUGAAGAUGAAGGAACCAGCUUGACCACAAGGACCUGCGAAUGA